UCCUGCCCGCCGACACACACACACACACACACACACACACACACACACACACACACACACACACGGGAGCGGAGCCUCGUUCUCUCCCCCUGCGGUGUGUAGUUCAGUAUGAAGGCGGACACCCUCGCGGCCGGACGCCCGCCCCUCGUGCCGCGCCGACACAGCGCCAUGGGGACGCCAGUGCCAACCGAGACUAAGGAUAACAGUGCCACGGAGAGCGGCAGUCCCUCGCGCGGCGCCCUCACUCUCGACCGCCGCGAGGCCAAGUGGUCCCCGCCUAUGGCGUCCCCGCCCCUGUCUUCCCCAUCCCCGGGGCCUGCUGCUGCUUCCCCGCCCGCCCACCAGCCGCCCACGCUCCUGCCACCAAACCCCGACUCCCACUUCAUCAGCCGCCUGUCCGGCACCUCAGCCUUCCACCUACUUCAGUCACUGCCGCUGCUGCAGUCUGCUGGCAGCGCUGCCAAGCCGCUGCCCCCACCCCUGGGGCUACUGCAGGGCUGCAACCCAUUGGGCCAGCUACCGUGGGCGGCGCUGGGCGCGGGCGAGCUGGCCCUGAACCGGCUGCUGCUGACUCCCGGGGGCCGCCUCAGCAGACCCAAGAAGCGGUACAUCUGCAAGUACUGCCAGCGGGAGUUCACCAAGAGCUACAACCUGCUGAUCCACGAGCGGACCCACACGGACGAGCGGCCCUUCCCCUGCGACAUCUGCGGCAAGGCCUUCAGGAGGCAGGACCACCUCCGCGACCACAAGUACAUCCACAGCAAGGAGAAGCCCUUCAAGUGCGAGGCGUGCGGCAAGGGAUUCUGCCAGGCGCGCACGCUCGCCGUGCACAAGGCGCAGCACGCCCACGACGUCGCCCCCGUCCCGCCCGCGUCCUCUGCUGCCUCGCCGCCGCCCUCCCUGUGCGCCUCGCCUUUCAGGACCCUUGACCUGAGGGAGCGGCUGUCACCCUACCCCCCCCCGGCACGCCUUCACCGUUUCCUUGGCCCCGACCUGCAGCUGUUCCCUGUGCCGCCACCCGACGCGCCGCCGCCCCCGCCAGGCAGCGGAGAUCAGGAGGAGCCGGAUGUGUUGUUCGUGAUGGCGGGGGACACGGCGGAGGCGGCGGAGGAGAAGGCGUUGGACCUGACGGUGUACAGCAGGCGGCGGUGCAUGGAGGAGGUGGCGGCGCGACUCGUCGACCACAACAAGAACGAAAUACCCCGCACCGCCGACCACCAAGGCAAGGGCGGCGCCGUGCGGUGAGGGCGGCGUGUUGGUGUAGUGGUGUGUGUGUGUGUGUGUGUGUGUGUGUGUGUGUGUGUGUGUGCGUGCGUGCGUGCGUGCGUGCGUUUGUGUGUGUGUGCACGUGCGUGUGUGAGUGCGUGUGGUGAGUGAGGCAGAGGGUGCUGCUCACGUCACCACAGUGCCAGAUGAGUGCCUGGCACGCCUCCUGGCCCUGAAGGACACCAGUGCCUCAGAGUAGUGCCGCCCCGCGUUCCUAUACCCCACCCCACAAUCCGCGUCACCGGGCGGCGCCUCGCACCAGGGGCGCCCGUAGCCUUAAGUUCCCGUCUGGCGUCUGGGAGAGAAAUAUUUUGCAUAAAUAAAAGAGGAAAAGCCCUAA